ACAUUAAUUAAUUAAAUAUGGAUGAGAUUUAUCUUUAACCACAAGUAAGUGUUAAUCAUCAUCAACAUUGCAACCAAAUGACAUUUUGGUUUAUAUACUUAACCAAACGGUAACGUGUCAAAGCCUUUAUUAGCUGAAAAUUGUAUUUUUCCUUUUUUUUCCUGAAAGUUUUUCAUUUACUCUCAGCGAUUCUCUUCCUUAAUAGAUCCUCUCUUUCUCUCUCUCUACAAGAGAAGCUUCAGAGACAGAAGAAGAAGACAACUUUCUCGAACUCACCAGAUCUUUCUUCUUGUUCUUCUCUGUCGUAAAGUUUCCAACUUUUUUCUCCGAUGAGGUGUAAGAGACACACAGUUGAUUUCAGUAGCAGUAUCGGCGUAUGCGCUUCUUGUCUCCGCGAACGUCUCUUCUCUCUCGCCGCUUCAACCGCCGCGUCUGAAGAUAACCGUCACCCUCCUCCUCCUCGUCCUCUGGUUUUCCCUCGCUCUGUUUCUCCUUACGUCUCCGCUAGAAAAUCCGACGCCUCCUCAAGAGGAGGAGGAGACAGCUCGUUACCUUCUUCUCGUAACAGAUUCUUCCAAACGCCGCAAGUGAGCUCCACUGGCGCCGGAGGAGGAGGAGGAGGACCAUCGUCGUCGGAAAAAGUCUUCGACUCCGGCAGAUCGUAUAAGAAGAAACAGAGCACGCUAUCUCGGUUCUCUAGCUUGUUCAGGUCGAGAUCCGACGAGUUUCGAGACUCCUUCUCUCCUCCCUCGUCGUCGUCUUCCUCCUCGUGGCUCACGAAAGUUCUCUCCUUUCGAUCGAAAAAGCCAUCGCCCAACGACACGUGCUACAUCGAGGAUUUGAUCGCGUCCGAGUCAAGAAACCGGCCUAGGCAGAGAUACUGCAGAGGAAUGUCGCCGGCGACGGUGGAUUACGACGUCGAGGAAACUCCCGAGAGAGUGAAAAGAACGCCGGCGGCGGGGAUGGGAACUCCGGGAAGAAGAAAGACGGCGAUGAUCGGCGCGGGGAUGGGUUUCUGCUUGAGUCCACUGGUGAGAGCGAAACCUAACUGUUCUUCUAACUGGAAAGGGAAACUCCCGCCGGAAUUUGGGUACGCCGGUGGUGAGAUGAAGUCUCCGGCGAGGCCUCACAUUUCGACGGCGUCUUCUUUUUGCGCGAACCGGUCUAAGAAGCUUGUCGAUUUAGGACGGGUUGAUCCGCGCCGUUGAUGUUCUGUUUUUUCUUUUUUUUUGUGUUUGGUCGUUAUCAGACCGUUCUAUACGUAAUUACAUGAAUACCCUUCACAAGAUUCAUAUGAAUAGGUUUAUUAUAUAGUGGCUUUUACUAUGCCAACAGAUAAAGAGUGAAAUUUUUCUUUUUAUAUACUUUUAAUGAAACAGUGAAAGUCUUAUUGUGGAUUAUAAUUUAGAAGAAGAACAAAUCUAAAUGAUAUAUUUUAGAAGAAGAAGAGAAGAAGAAAUC